AUGACUGAGAAGGCAGGGAAUGAGAAAGCUCCGAGCUCUUUAGAGAACCUGACGUGUCCACUAUGUCUUGAUAUCUUCGACGAAGCAACCAUCCUGACUUCAUGCGGACACACCUUCUGUCGGAAAUGUCUCGAGAACUAUGACCUGUCCCACCAGGAUCUCGAUCACAUGAUAUGUCCUCUCUGCAGGAAGAUCACCGAGUUGUCUGUGAACCGUGUCGAUGAUUUCCUCACCAAUGUGACUGUCAACGGACUUGUAGACAAUUACCACGCCAAGUGUGGAGGGAUGAACGCUGUCCUUGAAAUGCGUCCACAAUGCACUGCUUGCAAGUUUCAUCAAGAUGCUGUCUCAUUCUGCAGAACGUGUAAUAACUACAUGUGCACUAAUUGCGACUUCGGCCAUAAGCAGCUGACAUCAUUCUUUGAAGGUCAUGAGAUUGUAUCCUUACAGGAUAUCAUCGACGGGAAGGUCAGCAUUGGACGCCUGCCUGAGAAGUGCUGCAUCCACAAACAAGAGAACAAAGAUAUGUUUUGUGGGGAUUGUAAGGUCCACGUCUGUCUCAAGUGCGUGAUAGUCGGUCAUCAAAAUCACAACAUCAAGAAUCAGGCUGACUUCGAGCAAGAGUUACGGCUAAAGGUGAACGACCUUGUCCAGCGAUGUGCCGCUAAGAAGACUGAACUGGAGAAGAACAUUCAGAAUGUUGAAGUACAACGCCAUGAAGUAUACACUGCCGUGCAGAAACUACUGGACGAUGUCAGUCAAGCCUACAGCAUCAAGGCCAAAGAGCUUGAAGAAAAUCAUCAAAAUCUCAUCGAGCAAAUCAAUGUACUAAAGCGGAGUUUCAAUGAAGACCUCAACGUCUUGAAAUCCAACGAUCGACAUAAGAUCAAGAGUAUUUAUAGUUCAAUAACACUGGUAUCUAAUGACAGAAUGGGUUAUCUUGAGACGGACAGUCUGUCCGCUCAUACCUUACUCUGUGAGGAGCUAGAUGCCAUGCUGAAGGAGGCUACUAAUCACACUUCAGCGACAGCCAUUACGAAGAAAGCACAGGAGAAGAGGUUUAAGCCUGCAGACGAUACUCGUCUUGAACUCGGGAGCAUUUCAGAAUCAGCUACUGAUCUCACUUCUGCGGCAGCCAUUACGAUGAAAGCACAGAAGAAGACCUUCAAAUCUGCAGAUGAUACUCUUCUUGACCUCGGGAGCAUCUCAGAAUCAGAUCCCAAGUUACAAGUCAUUCAGUGUGUAGAUCUACGGGGAUGGAUGUCUGGUAUGACCUUGAACUCUGAGAACAGUGUAGCUAUCGGUUAUUGUUUGGAGACAUAUGGUAUAGAUAUCAUUGAUUCAGCUGGUAAACAGGAGCAGUAUGCAGACAUGCCAAGUAACAUGGUAUGCUAUGAUCUUGUGUUUCAACAAGACAGGUCGUUAUGCAUAGCGCCGAGUUUCAGAGAAGUACACAUAUAUUCUCCCAAUGGAUCCAGGAAAUCAACCAUCCCCAUGAUAGACAAUGGCUUUCUCACACUAAACAGAAGUUUAUCAGAUGAAAUCCUCAUCGCUAACAAUGAGAAGAAAGUUUAUAUCUAUUCCCCGACGGGAUCCACACCCAAACAUAUUGUUCCAACAAAACACAACGUGACGGGUCAGGUAUCUGCCACCAGGUCGGGUUUGGUCGUCACGAGUUCAUGUAACACCAAUCCAAGCGUGGUGACGGUCUAUGACAGGGAAGGGAAUGCUGGUAAUUCUCUACAAGCUCCAAACGAUGUCUACCUGUAUGCUGCUGUGGAUGAGCAGGACAGGGUGUAUGUAGCGAGUGUUGAUGGUAAGAAUGGUAACGUGGUAAUCAGGCUCUAUGACAUUGAUGGUCUGAACCUGAAGGAGAGAGUUCAGUUCAAUGUACUUAAUCUGACGCUUGAUUAUGAAUGGUCGGGUUUGAUCGUCACGAGUUCAUGUGUCACCAGUCCAAGCCUGGUGAUGGUCUAUGACAGGAAAGGGAAAGCUGGUAAGUCUCUACAAACUUUAGACGAUGUCUACCUGUAUGCUGCCCUGGAUGAGCAAGGCAGUGUGUUGUAG